AUGCUGCAGGAGAAUGUGAGAGCGAAGCAAAAAGGUUGCUAUGCAAGUCUGGGUGAUCACUUCCAGCUCCGAGUGUCAGCUCUGCUCUCGACUCCACCAUACCUCAGGCCAACAGAGGCAGGACAUUUAGCAGGGAAUGAUCUAGGACUCGUGCGCUGGAUCUGGCAUGAAAGACGUCAUCCCGGCAGGAAGCCACCUGAAUAUACUCAAGAUGGUAAAUCCUUUGGAUAUCAGAAUCAUCCUCUAAGGCAUGAAAGAAUACGUACUGGAGAGAAACCCCGUGAAGAUAUUCAAUAUGGUGAAACCUUUGCAUAUCGCGACAGCCUUCGAAUACAUAAAAGAACACAGGCUGGAGGAAAACCCUAUGAGUGCAACCAGUGUGGUAAAGCCUUUUCACGAAGCAGUCAACUCUCAAGACAUGAAAGAAUACAUACUGGAGAGAAACCAUACAAAUGUAAUCAUUGCGAUAAAGCCUUUUCACAGCACGGCAGUCUCCAAAUACAUGAAAGAACACAUACCGGAGAGAAGCCCUAUGUAUGUAAUCAAUGUGGCGUAGCUUUUAUAUGUAACAGUAGUCUCCAAGCACAUAAAGAGAAGCAUGCUGGAGAGAAAGCCUAUGUAUGUAGUCAAUGUGGUAAGGCCUUUGCGUGUCGCAGUACUCUCCUAUGUCAUAAAAGAACACACACUGGAGAGAAGCCCUUUGAAUGUAAUCAAUGUGGUAAGGCCUUUGCGUGUCGCAGUGCUCUUUUAUGUCAUAAAAGAACACACACUGGAGAGAAACCCUAUGAAUGUAAUCACUGUGGUAAGGCCUUUGCACAUCACAGUCAUCUUCACAUGCAUAAAAGAACCCAUACUGGAGAGAGACCUUAUAAAUGUAAUCAAUGUGGCAAAGCCUAUACACGUAACAGUCAUCUCAAAGUACAUAAACGUACACAUACUGGAGAGAAACCCUUUGAAUGUAAUCAGUGUGGUAAAGCCUUUGCAUAUAACAAUAAUUUCCAUGUACAUAAACGUACACAUACUGGAGAGAAGCCCUUUGAAUGUAAUCAAUGUGGUAAAGCCUUUGCAAAUAACAAUAAUUUCCAUGCACAUAAACGUACACAUACUGGAGAGAAGCCCUUUGAAUGUAUCCAAUGUGGUAAAACCUUUGCAUGUCAGAGUUAUCUUCGAAAGCAUGAAAGAAUUCAUCCUUGAGAGAAACCCUAUAAAUGUAUUCAAUAUGCUGAAGCAUUUUCACAUUUCUAGAGUCUUCUCUGUCAGGAAGGAAUUCAUACUGGAGAGAAACCUUGUGGAUGUAUUUAAUAUGGUGAAGCCUUUGCACUUUCCUGUAGUCUUCAUCAUCAUGAAAGUAUUUAUAGUGGAGAGAAAUUCCAUGUAAGCGAUGUGGUAAAGCCUUGUGUUAUGGGUUCUGCUGAGAU